GCUUGUGCCUCUGUGUUAGGCAGCAUGAAGUCAGUUGCUGUAACUUUCUGUGUCCUUUGCUUUCAAUUUGAAGCCCUGUAUGGAGUUGAUAGCUGCUCGUCAAGACCGUGCAAAAAUAUAGAACAGCCUCAUGUCUCUGACCCCCAGAUGAUGGUGGAAUUUGAAAAUGGAAACUUCAAGUUCACAUUCCCCAACCCCAAAAAUGUGAGUGAGUUCAGCAUGAUCCUCUUCAAAGGGCAUGAAAAGAAGGAGAUCUGUGCACUCCAUUUGAGUGAGGAGAAAGUUAUCCCCAAGAGCAAUGUCACCUACUGUCAGACAGAGCAUUCAAAUAACAGCACCACAUUCAUUCUUAAAAAUCUGGAAAGAAAGCAUAUUGACAUUUAUACCUACUGCCUGGAAAUAUUCAUACCUCCUCCUUAUAUAGACUGCCGGCUGAAAGAAACUUAUUUGUACAUUCAAGAUAAGGAAGACGGCAUUUCACUGGGACUCAUGUCAUGGAUAAUCAUUGGCUUGAUCAUGUUUGCCAUGAUUUCCUGUGUCUGCUGUAUUGUAGCCUGUUGCUUAAGGAAUAAGAAUCAGCAGUGUGAAUCCAACUCCCAUGAGUACAACAGUGAAUAUAUGCCCAUGGCAGCAGUGAAUGCAGCUAAAAAAACAAGAAUCUGAGGUAUAAAUUGCUUGUGUUAUGGAAAUUCUGGCAGCAGAGGUUUCCAGCUACUUGAACUUGGACAAUGGGAAAUUAGCAUUUCCUCACCUUUCCCAGCCUCCCUGAGCUCUUGUGAUGGUCCUGUGCUCAGUCACCAGACACCCACUGUAGUACUGUUCUGAGUUGUGUUUUGCUCUAACCUUGUGUUAACUGUCACACUGCCUGAUCCACUGACUUGUACAUGAAGUGCUAACAAUGUGUUGUUAUCAGCUUUUAGUUGAAGAAAAUGUAGUGAGUUUGCUUGAGAGUAGAUUCCCAUAGUGGCUACAGAGAUAACUUUUAUUUUGUACAGUCUCCUUUGUGAUAAACUUUCCACUGUGGACCAAAAAAACCCCCCCCAAAAAAGACUACCUCCAACGCCAAUCCUUGUGGCACAGUCAUGAAGCACUGUCAAUGUAUUGCACAUGCCCUUUUGUUAGGGCUAGUUUAGCCUGACAUUAUUGAUUCAUCCUCGGAUUUACUGUCAAUCUUCUUAGUACUACACUAGGACAGUGUGGUAUGCACACAUGUUCUCCUGCACCAGGCUGCAGGACAGCAGGGGAGCAAAACCUGAGGAAGAACAACACAGUACAGGAUCCACUGUGACACAGCACCUCAGGGAUGUUUGUGCUAUUUGAUACAACUUUGCCACUCACAUCUUGGGGCUCCUCUUAUUUAAUUCAGUUCUGAAAUCUGUUAUUACCAAAGGAAUAUUUUACUUUGAGGACUGCAAUUAUUCUUUAAAUCGAUUCAGAUCAGAUCCUGAACCAAGAGGCACGACCUCUCCUGUUCACGUGUCUUGCAGCACAAAUAUAACCCAGUCCAUAAGGCCAGUAUGUUGAUGGACUCUGAACCUUUCUGUUGUGGUUUGACAUGAAACCUUUACCACUUCUCCUGUGGGUUCAGGAGUUACUUGACCUGCCUCAGAUUGUUCAGAGCCUUCAGGAUUAAUUAAAUGAUCAGUCUUUCAUGAUCCUUGUAAUAUCACGGGCACAAGCUGGAACAGAAAGUUCCACUUGAACAUGAGGAAAAACAUCUUUCCUGUGAGGGUGAGGGAGCCCUGGCACAGGCUGCCCAGGGAGGGUGUGGAGUCUCCUCUGGAGGUUUUCAAAACCCACCUGGGUGUGUUCAUGUGUGACCUGUUGGAGGAGAACGUGCUCUAGCAGGUGAGUUGGACUAGAUGAUCUCUAGAGGUCCCUUUCAACCCCUAUCAUUCUGUGAUUCUGUGAAAUCCAUCAAAACUCCGACCAUAAAUGACGAAUGAGGAAUAUAGCCUAGAUAUGUUGCCAGACACCAUUUGGCUGCUAGAUGCAGAACAGUGCAUUGAUUCUCUCUGCAAUUCAAAACAACAAAUACAGGUCAGAGGACAUUAUUGUGAAAGACACAUAGCCUGCUCACCUGGUAAACAGAAGGCUGGGUUCAAAUUUGCUCACAGGACUGUCAGGCAUGAAGAGGUCAUAAGCUGGUUUGUCAAGAACAGAGCUUUCCUGGAAAAACACCUAAAUGCAGAGAAGUAGUGCAGAGAGAAGGUGCAAUUUGUUAAAGCAUCAAAUGAAGUGGGGACUGACCAUUUCACAGCAGGUACCGUGCUUAGAUAACCAGCUCCCAGGCAGAGAUGUAGAGGGGCACCCUGGUAUGUUGGGUGAUAUUACAGUCUCUCCUGUUGUUCCUUUGCCACAUUAACCUCCUGAGCAAAUAAAACUCUCCUCUGUACAUCCACGAGUACACCGAUUUCAUCAUUUAAAAACAUAUUCGUAAAAUUUUGCCUUUGAAAACUAUUGCCUUUGACAAUGAGUUCUUUUGAUAAUUAUUGGUGAAAACAGCUAACCUUCACUGCCUAUGAGAAAUGCUGGAUACAAAAUUCUACGUAACAGUGUAAGUUACAUAUGAUCCUGUGUAACAGUUCCAUCCCCUGGAAUCAGACUGAAAAGGAAAUUUAAAGAAUAAAGAGUUUCUGAAGGAAGGAAAAACUUGAGAUUUGCCUUGACAUGCUGCUAGAUGAAGGACAAAUGUGAUGAAAGUGUGAACAAGGUAGUUCAAAAUACAUGUUCUACUCUGGAGACAUAAAUGAUUUACACCUAUUGUAAAAAAAACUUUUGAAAGAC